AUGGCUUCAGAACAACGUAGAUAUGGUGAUAAAAAUCGAAAACAGAAUAUAAGAAAUAAUGCAACUAGUGGCCUACCAAAAGAACCUUCUGAUUUAUCAACAUUUGAUAAACUCAUGAUGUAUUUUACAAAAACUAACCCAGAAUAUUCAAUAUCGGAUUUUACUGAAGCUUUAUAUGCCUAUCGACAAGAACGACAAACAUUAGCUGGACUUUCUUUAUCACAAAUUGAAGAAGGUGUUUUAAAUAUCGUUCGAAGCAAAUAUCCGUCAAAGCAAAACGAUAUUGACACUGCUCACACUGAAAAUUCAACUGAAGAUAAAACUGAACAAUCUGUUGCUGCUGCACUUUGGAAUACAUUUAAACGUUAUCGAGAACGUGAACAAUUACCAAAAAAAGCAGAAAAGAAUACGACUAAUAAAAAUGAUGAAACAGUGGCAAUAGAAGAUCAAUGUCUUAUUUGUCUUGAAAAUUUAAGUUUAAAUAAAACAGAAACAUUUCCAUGUAAUCAUACAUUUCAUCGAAUGUGUCUUGAAGAAUGGUUUAAAAUCGAACGAACAUGUCCUCUAUGUCGUAAAAUGUUACUUUUCGAUGAUGAAUUUCCUACUUUAAUGUGA